AUGGCUGGACGAAAAUGUGUUAUUGAACCGUCAUUGGUUAUCGAUGCUGUACUUUUCUGCAAAGAAUCUGUUAUUAUUACCAACGUAAAUGAUGAAAAAAAAGUUGCAGUUGCUACUGACAGCGUAUGGUCUGAUAUCAGCUCGAAGCUUGAUAAUCGCAAGUCAGCUAGUUCUCUCCAUACAAUUGUGUAUAAAGGUAGACGUGGGAUAAAUAAACAACUAGGAUUUCUACCGCAGGAAACAUAUCUUGUUCCUACAAAUAUUACUGAUGAAAAUCAAUUCUCAAACGGAUCGGGAAAAAAUGUUAAUGAAUAUAGUUCAGAGGCUCUUCCUCAACUGGAAAUUCAACUAAAAAACAUUCCUGAGGCUCUACAAUAUUCGGGAAAAAGUUUUGAACUUAGAGGAGUUUGCAGCUAUCGUCGUCGACUAAGUCGUCUUAGAUCAUCAAUAGGUCACUAUUUUGCGUUGUGUAAACGUGGACCCCACAACUGGGAAAUCUUCGACGAUCUACUAUAA